AUGGAUUCUAUCUGGGUCAUUGUGGAUCGGUUGACUAAGUCCGCGCACUUCUUGGCAGUGAACAAGCACGAUAAGGCGAAUGCCUUAGCCAAGUUGUAUGUGGAUGAGAUCGUCAAGCUGCACGGUGUGUCGGCGAGUAUUGUGUCAGAUCUGGACUCGUGGUUCACGUCGGCAUUUUGGAGGGCUUUGAAGAAACGGUUCGGGAGUAAGGUCCAUAUCAGUACGACUUACCAUCCUCAGACCGAUGUUGCCUCUGCCUUAGGAGAUCGUGAUUUGGUUAUAUGCCCGUGCAUUGAUUGUCGAAACGUAGACUGUCAUUCUAAAAAUGAUGUAGUGGAUCACUUGGUCACAAGAGGAAUGGAUGAGACGUACAAGCUAAGGACUGAUUGGUAUCAUCAUGGGGAAGUAAGGAAGGAAAGAGGACGUACAAACUGUGGGUCUGACAAAGCAAGGAAAGUGAUUAGAGAGUGGAACGAGGAGAUUGUAGGGUUGUAUCAAGCUGCCGAAUACUUGGAUGAAGAGUUAGCUAACAAGACUGACUUAUGCGAUGUUGCUGAAGGUUUAGACAAGAGAGAAGACGAGUUUCUAGCUAAACUUGCUGAUGCCGAAACGCCAUUGUAUCCAAGUUGUGCCAGCCAUAGCAAGCUAUCAGAAAUUGUAUCGUUGUUUACGCUGAAGGCUCAGAAUGGGUGGUCGGACAAGAGCUUCAACGAGCUGUUAGAGACACUGCCGAGAAUGUUGCCGGAGGAUAAUGUGCGUCACACCUCGUUGUAUGACGUGAAGAAGUUCCUCAAGUCUUUCCAUAUGGGGUACGAGAAGAUCCAUGCCUGUGUUAAUGAUUGUUUUCUUUUCAGAAAGGGGUUGAAGAAGUUAGACAACUGUCCCAAGUGCAAGACAUCAAGAUGGAAGACUAACUUCCAAACCGGUGAACUUAAAAAAGGUGUCCCUCAGAAAGUUUUGAGGUACUUUCCCAUCAUUCCAAGGCUGAAGAGGAUGUUUAGGUCAGAGCAAACUGCUAAAGAGCUACGGUGGCAUUUGACUAACAAAAGUAAUGAUGGAAAGCUGCGUCAUCCCGUCGACUCCGUAACAUGGGACCAGAUGAAUUCCAAGUACCCGUUGUUUGCCGCAGAAUCAAGGAACAUUCAGCUAGGUCUCUCCGCCGACGGUUUCAAUCCAUUCAGCAUGAAAAAUACAAUGUAUUCUUGUUGGCCUGUAUUGUUGGUGAAUUAUAAUAUGGCUCCAGACUUGUGUAUGAAGAAGGAGAAUAUCAUGCUUUCCUUGUUGAUUCUUGGACCGUAUCAACCUGGCAACAGUAUAGAUGUGUACCUGGAGCCACUGAUCGAUGACCUCCAACAGUUGUGGGACAUUGGAGAGCAAACGUAUGAUGCAUUCAGUAAAACCACAUUUACAAUGAAGGCAAUGCUAUUGUGGGCUAUUAGUGACCUACCUGCAUAUGGAAAUCUGGCUGGCUGCAGAGUAAAAGGAAAGAUGGGAUGUCCAUUAUGUGGAAAGCAUACUGAUAGUUUUUGGUUACCUAAUAGCAGGAAGCAUGUUUACAUGUGUCAUAGAAAGGGAUUAUUACCCACGCAUAGUUACCGUGGGAAGAAGGCAUGGUUCGAUGGAAAAGUUGAAUAUGGAAGGAAGGGUAGGAUUCUAACGGGUCAUAACAUAUCUGUGUUGCUGAAGAAUUACAAAAACGAGUUUGGAAAUGUUAGACAAGCUGAACUCCCGGUCAGACAUAACUUAGACGUUAUGCACGUAGAAAGAAAUGUUGCAGCGAGCAUCAUUUCCACCUUGCUGCAUUGUGGAAAUUCAAAAGACGGUCUUAAUGCUCGUAAAGAUCUACAAGUCCUUGGUAUUAGGAAAGAGUUGCAUCCUAAAGCCAGAGGCAAACGAACUUACUUACCUGCAGCACCGUGGACUUUGUCAAAGGAAGAGAAGAGAUUAUUCUGCAAGCGUCUACAUGAGUUCAAAGGACCGGAUGGUUAUUGCUCCAAUAUAUCCAGGGAGAAAAUAUUAGGAAUGGAAAACGAAAUCGUUGAGACUAUUUGUAUGUUUGAGAGAUUUUUCCCACCUAGUUUCUUUGAUAUAAUGGUUCACUUGUGUAUACAUCUUGGGAGGGAAGCUAGAUUAGGUGGACCUGUGCACUUUCGAUGGAUGUAUCCUUUCGAGAGACACAUGAAACUUUUGAAAGAUUACGUCAGGAAUCCUGCAAGACCGGAAGGAUGUAUUGUUGAAUCAUAUCUAGCAGAGGAAUGUAUGCAGUUCUGCAGAGAUUUCUUGAGGAAGACCACAAGUGUCGAAGAUAGACAAGAACGAAAUACUGAAUACGAAAGCACUUCUAUACUCGAAGGGCGGCCUAUUUCUGCUGGGAGGUCUAUCACACUUUCUGAAGUGGAAAAGAAAACAGCACACCUAGCUGUCAUUCAGAAUACCGCACUGAUACCACUUGACUCUACGGAACAUGAUGACACACUUAAGUGGAUUUCAUAUGGUCCACGUAAUAUGGCUAGAUCAUACACUGGUUACGUUGUUAAUGGUCUGCGGUUUCACACAACAUCAGUUCAGAGACAAACGCAAAACAGUGGAGUAUAUUAUGAAGCAACUGCAAUGUGUCGAGCCAGUGCAAGAUACACUUCCCAAAUCAUGGAUUUGGUUUCUUAUUAUGGCAGAGUGGUGGACAUUAUCUUAUUAGACUACAACGUAUUCUACAUACCUCUAUUCCGAUGUCAAUGGGCGGUCAGAGGCAACGGUGUGAAGGUGGACGAAGGUUUUACGUUGGUCAACUUGAACCAAAGUCAAGUCUCUUUUGCAAGUCAAGUCUCGUUCGCAAGGGAUCCAUUCAUUCUGGCAUCCCUCUUCGACGUCCACAAAUCCCAAAGAAGAUCUCCUUUCUCAGCUACUUGGGCCUGA